GGUGCUGGGGGUGGUUGGACCCCUGGGAUCCUUAAGGAGGCAGAGAGGUCGCAGAACUCGGCUCCUAUCAGGACGCGACCUCCUCAGCCUUACCCCUCCCGCUGCCAUGCACCCUGCAGCCUUCCCGCUUCCUGUUGUUGUGGCUACUGGGCUGUGGGGAGCAUCCCCUAUCCGAGGCCUUAUUCGAGCGACCUCGGAGCACAAUGCCAGCAUGGACUUUGCAGACCUCCCAGCUCUAUUUGGGGCUGCCCUGAGCGAGGAGGGACUCCAGGUGAUGCUCUCCCCGUUUCCUUAUAGUCUCUAUCCUGGGCAGGGGUUGAGUAGCCGUGCUCUGGAUCCAACUGGAGGGGUUCCUUGUGGAGGCCCAUCCAGAAAAUGCCUGCAGUCCCAUUGCCCCACCACCCUCAGCUCCGGUCAAUGGGUCUUAAAUGCUCAAAAAGCUGGGUAUGGUGCAGCUGUGGUUCACAAUGUGCAUUCCAAUGAGCUUCUGAACAUGGUGUGGAAUAGUGAGGAAAUCCAACAGCAGAUCUGGAUCCCAUCUGUAUUUAUUGGAGAGAGAAGUGCAGAGUACCUACGAGCCCUUUUUGUCUAUGAGAAGGGGGCCCGGGUGCUUCUGGUUCCAGACAAUAGUUUCCCCUUGGGCUAUUAUCUCAUUCCUUUCACUGGCAUAGUAGGACUGCUGGUUUUGGCCAUGGGAGCUGUACUGGUAGUUCGUUGUAUCCAGCACCGCAAACGGCUCCAGCAGAACCGACUUACCAAAGAACAACUGAAACAGAUUCCUACCCAUGAGUAUCAAAAGGGAGAUCAAUAUGAUGUCUGUGCCAUCUGUCUGGAUGAGUAUGAGGAUGGGGACAAGCUUCGGGUACUUCCUUGUGCACAUGCCUAUCACAGCCGCUGUGUGGACCCCUGGCUCACUCAGACCCGGAAAACUUGCCCCAUCUGCAAACAGCCUGUCCAUCGGGGUCCUGGGGAUGAGGAGCAGGAGGAAGAAACUCAAGGGCAAGAGGAAGGUGAUGAGGAAGGGGAGCCAAGGGACCAGCCUGCUUCAGAAUGGACCCCACUCCUGGGCUCUAGCCCUACUCUUCCCACCUCUUUUGGGUCCCUAGCCCCAGCACCCGUGGUCUUUCCUGGGCCCUCCACAGACCCCACACCUUCUCCUUCAUCUGCUGCCCUGGCCUGAAACUUCCUACACUCCAGCACCUCUGGUGAUAUGUUUGCACAAACUUUUCCUCCAGUCUAAUAAGCUGAGGGAUAGGGGACAAUUCCAAGUUCUCGAACCCGGCCUCAUCCUUUCAAGGUGGCUGGGAGCCAUAGAGACAUGGUCUUCACUCCUUGGGUUAAUAAAAUUGUUUUUUGUGGACAAAAGAG